AUGAAAACCUUUACUUUAUGUUUAAAGAUUUUUACAUUUCUUAUUUUAACAUGGAUAUUUCAUUGCUUUUACAAUUAUGAUUCCAGUAGGUCUUUUAUUGAUAAAGAUACAUUACCAAUAAAAAACAAGUUAAAAGAUAAGAGAUUAUUAGCGGAGGGUAAUAUAUCAGAGAAAAAUCUAGCACAUAUUAAAGAACGUAAAGAACAUUAUCCAUCUGGUGAAAAAGAUAACAGGAAUGAAAAGCUGAUUAAUUUGAAGAGCAUGUUUAGUAUGUGGUAUAAUGCUAUUUAUCUAUUAAUGUGUGAUCUGCCUGUUAUAGUAGAUUAUGAAAUAUCUAGUAAAUGUAAAGAACAAAUGUUGAAUUUUUAUAGGAGUAAUAAUUCAUUUAUGAUGUAUAUUGAGCCAGUUUAA